AUGCCUCGUGCGCCGAGAAGUGAGGAAGUGGCAGGGGCAGCAGAGGCAGCAACAGAGCGGCCAGAGGUGGCAGAGGUAGCACAGGUAGCAGAUAUGGCAGUGGUGGCAGAGGCAGAAAAGGCGGCAGAGGUGGCAGAGGUGGCAGGGGCAGAAAAGGCAGCUAAGGCAGCGACAGCAGAUAUUGCAAGGGUGUCUGCUAGUGCUGAAGCUGAUGUGCCUGCCACACAGCCUGCUACUAGCGCUGAUGUUACCAGCGCUGCUGCUACUGCUGCUGCUGCUUCUGAUGGUGCAGCUGCUGCUGCUGCUGCUGCUGACGGUGCUGCUGCUGAUGGUGAUAAUGCAUCAGCGGCCAAGGAGGCCCCAUCUGGCAAAGCUGGAGCAUCUGAGCCGUCCGUUAGCCCAACACCAGCAUCCGAUCCCCUACAAUCUGAACCACCACCCAAUUCCACUCUCGAAGUCUCUGCUGCUGACAGCGUUACAGCGAUCAGUGUGGUAACCAGAUUGGGUGAUGUGAAGUCGUGUGCAACUGGUGUUGAAUUGAUUCUAAAGUCGCCUAUUGGGAGUCCCGACAAUAAGGGUUUAUCACGUGGGAACCAUAGGGAGUUCUUGCGAGGAAAUGGUAAAGAGUCGCAAGGAGAUAGGGAUUUUAUGAGCGGCCUAGCCGCUAUCGGUGGAUUGAAGGCUUUAGUCGGGGUGAAGGCUGAGGAGGAGGAGGGGGGAGUGAAGGGGAGAGGAGGAGAGGAAAGUGGGGUAGGAGCGAAGGAGCAAGGGGUAAAAGCGGAAGAGGAAGGAAAGGGUAAAAAGGGAGACGAAGAGGAUAAGGUGCUUGUGAGGAGAGGGGCUGGAGCGAAGGAGAAUGAGAGGGUUUACAGGAGGCGAGGUGGCAGGGAGGCGGGUAGGAAGGAUUGUGAGCGUGGGGAGGGGGGCAAGAGGGAGGUGAAAGGAGAAGAAGAGAGCAAUAGAGGUGGCGUUGGUGUGGGUGAAGAGCGUGGAAGAUACGAGGGAGAAGAAGAGGAGGAGGUGAAGGAGGUGAAGGAGGUGAAGGAGGUGAAGGAGGUGAAGGAGGUGAAGGAGGUGAAGGAGGGAGAGGAGGAGACGAAGGAGGAGGAAGAGGAGAAGGAUGCUGCUGUGAUUGACUUAACUGACGCAGAUCCCUGCAUGCCUGCUCAAGGCGGCUCAGCUGAACCUGCUCAAGACCCCUCAGGCACCGCUGCUGCUGGAAAGGCCUCGGUUGUUGCUGGUAAGGCAGACUCUGCUGCCAAGGCAGAUUCGAGCGCCCGUCCUACUCGCCAUGGCAUGAGCACGCGAACCAGGUCCGGCAGUCUCCGCCCUCCUUCCGCCUCCAAACCUGCUCCCAAGCCUGCUGCCAAGCCUGCUUCCAAGGGCACUCCCACCAAGGGUGGCAGCAAGAAGGGGAGAGGAGCCGAUGCUGCUGCUGCUGCUGGAGGGGAGGGGAGGAGGAAGGCAAAGAAGAAGGCCAAACCAGUUUUCCUGCCACCUGUGUGUGGCGAGUUCGCCACUGCAGCCGUCUGCCUCACAGACUUCACAGCUCUCGCGGACGACCUCAGCGCCAGUGUGCAUAACGCGGAUCAGCUUAUAGCGGAUCGCUUGGCAGAGGAGGCCAUACCUAAAGUGGAGCUAGAAGAGAAGCGCAAGGAGCGGCAUGCGAAGAGGCAGCAGAGGCAGGCGGCGCAGCUGGCAGCGCAGCUAGCAGCAGCCAUGGCAGCAGCGGGGCAGUACGCAGGGGGGUACGGCGAGGGGCUGGCUCUGGGUCGAUCGAGGCGGGAGAGGAAACCCGUGACCUACACCUUCGACGACUUUGAUCGUUCUAUCAACGAUGCCAUCACACUACCUUCCAAAUCCCGUGAGCUUCCCCCCGAGCACGCCCCCACUCGCGAGGGCCUCCGACAGCUGGCAGGGCGGCGCGUUUUGUCUGCUAGCGGCGAUGCAGUUGGUAGUGGUGUUGGGGGGGAUGGAGGAGGGGAAGGGGGUGUGGGAGGAGAGAGGGGAGGAGAGGGUGAGGAGGGAGAGAGAGAAAAGGGAGAAGAGAAAGGAGGAGGAGAAGAAGGGGAAAGAGAAGAAGGAAGAGAAGGGAAAGGAGAAGAGGGAGGAGAAAGAGGAGAAGAGGAAGACGGUUUGGGGGUAGGGUGCAGUGGGGAAGGUUCUUAUGGGGAAGGAGAGAUGGAAGAGAAGGGAGGCAAGAGCGAUGGUAAGGAGGGUGAUAGUAAUGAUGGUGAUAGUAGUGAUGGUGAUUGGAACGAGAGUGGUGAUAAUACAGGGGAUGGGAGUGAUGGUGAUGAGAAUGGGGGGGCACGGAAAGAGAGGAGGGAGGAAGGAGGAGAGGAGGGGAGGGGGCGGGGAGAAGGAGGGGAGGAGGGAGAGGAGUAUGAUGAGGGGGACAAGGAGCGGGAGAGUGGGGGUGAAGGGGAAGAAGAGGAAGGAGAGGGUAGGAAGUUAAGGGUGAAAGGGGAGAGAAGAGAGAGUGGUGGCACUGAGAGCAGAGAAGGGAAGGAGGGGAGAGAGGGAAGAGCAGAGGCGGAAAGGAAGGAUGGAGAGGAGCAGAGGCUAAGGAAGAGACAACUGAGGGAGGGACGGCGAGAGGAGGAUGGGGCAUUGGAUGAGUGGUUGAAGGGAUCGGGAGGGGAGGGAAGGAAGCGGCGAAAAGGAGGCUAUGUGGGUGAUUAUAACGAGGAUGGAGUGUUGGGGAAAGAUGAGGGCGAAGGGGGGGGCCAAGAGGAAGGGGAAAGGGAAGAAGCGGAAAGUGAGGGAAAGAAGGUGGAGAGUUACGAAGAGAGGGGAGAAAGGACGGCGGAGGAGGCAGAGGAGGGGGGUGAGGACGAAGGGGAGAGGGAGGAAGAGUAUGGGCUUGAGAAGAAGAAGCAGGAAGAGGAUGGUGGUGGUGAUGAAGACGCUUAUAACGAGGAUGGUCAAAGAGAGCCGAGGAAGGGAGAAGCGACGGGCGGAGGGAAGGGAGUGAGAUUGGGGACGAGCGUGAGGGAACAAAUGGAGGAGGGAGCGGAUGGGGGAGUGGAUGGGGGAGUGGAUGAGGGUGGGGGGAGAAGAAGGAAGGAGAAGAGAAGAAAAACUGAAGCUGUAUUGAGGAGGGCAGCAGAUGAAAGUGGAUUAGAGGCAGAGGAAGGGGAUGGAAAGAGAAGGCUCAGGAGAAAAGGCGCUGGCUUGGUGGCUUUUGAGUCGACUCAAAAGCCAUCCGUUGUGACUGGCUUAGUGGCAGAGGAAGGGGAUGGAAGGAGAAGGCUCAGGAGAAAAGGCGGUGGCGUGGUGGGAGGGGAAUUGGGUGGGAAUGAGGGGAUGCAGGAAGGGGGUGGUGGAGUGAGGGGGGAUGGUGGAGUGAGGGGGGAUGGUGGAGUGAGGGGGGAUGGUAGAGUGAGUGCAAGGACUAGGUGGGGAGGGAGGCGUCCUGAUGGUGUAUCGUUUAAAGAAGAGGGGAGUGGGGAGGAGGGGAGGGGCGUGGAGGAUGGAGGGAAGAGUGGGGAAGAGGAGUGGAGCGCAGAGGAGGAGGCAGAGGCAGGGGAGGAGGAAGGGAGUAGGAAGGGAUUGGGAGGGGUGAAGCGGGAUACCCGUGGAAGUUUGCGAAGGAAGGAGGGGAGAGAGGGGAGGGAGGGGAGGGAGAAGAAGGAGAAGAAGGGAAAGAAGGAGAAGAAAGAGAAGAAAGAGGGGAAGGAGGGGAAGGCUGAAGGAGUGCAUGCAGCGAACGGGCGAGGAGGGGGGGAGCGGGACAGGUCUGACAGAGUGAAGGCUGGGUUGGCCUCCGAUAUCCUGCCCUUGCGGUUGCUCAGGUGGGCUCUCCUCUCUCCUCACGUGCUGCCCCUCAGAUUUGAAGGAGUGCGUACAGCAAACAGAGGAGUGGAGAGUGGCAAGUGUGACAGAGUGAAGCCUGGGUUGGCCUCGGAUAUCCAGCCCUUGCGGUUGCUCAGGCGCCGGCUCAAGAAAAGGCGGAACUGUGCCGAAUUUUUGGAGGAGGACGGGGAGAAAGAGAUGCCUGAUGCGAUGCAACGCGGCACCGACCAAAGAAAAAGCGGAGCCUUGAGGCGCCUCAAAAUUCUACUCCGUUUCAACCCCUUCAUCUCCCUCUUCUUCCCAUUGCUGCUUAUCAGGCACAGACCGAAGAAAAAGCGGAGCUAUGUUGAUAUCUUGGAGGAGGAAGGGGAGGAGGAGAGGCGGGAGGAAGGGGUUGGGGAAGGAGCAGCUGCUGCUGAUGCUGAUGCAUCAGCAGAUGAAGGGACGCCCACAGGAGUGAGGCGCAGCGGCAGGAAGAGGAGGGAGCGGAAUUAUAGAGACCUGGUGAACGCGAAUGAUGGGGAGGAUUGGAUCUUCUCCAGUGAGGACGAGGGCAGGGGGCGAGGGGGAAGAGGAGCAAGAGGGAAACGAGGGGAAGGAGGAAAAAGGAGACGGAUAGGAGGAGGAGGUGGGGGGGGAGAGAGGCGGAGGAGGGGAGGAGGGGGAGAGGUAGGAAGAGGUGGUGGUGGGGGGGUGGGAGGAGGAGGUGGGGAAGGAGGAGAGGAGUUUGGGACGAGGAGAAGAUUGAUGGUGAGUGGGCAGGGUGUGCAAGUGGGGGGGGGAGUAAGAGAGGUUGAGGUUGGUGAAGAAGGUUUGAGUGCGGUUGAGGGCGGUAGAGAGGGAGUGAGUAGGGCUGAGGGUGGUAGAGAGGGGGCUGAGGCUGGAGAGAGGAUAGAGAGGAGAGAGAGGGGAGAGAGGAGGGAAAUGGGGAGAGGGGAGGAGCUAGGCAGUCCCACAGGUGACAGUGGGAGUCCCAAGUGGGCGGGUGUGAGGAGGAGGAGGACCCAGCAUGCCGAGACUCAUGGUGACAGUCAGAUGCACCUGGCGGGGCACGUGGCGGACCCUUCACAAGGUUGA